GGCUAGAUGUUGGAGGGAAUGAGGCUGAAGGGAUGGGCGCUGUCCGCGAAAGCUCUGGCGGGGAGCAGACUCCUUCGGAGAAGAAGAGCGAAUGGCAGAGGAUGGUGCGAGAGGAGGUGGCGGAAGGAACCCUCCUCAUGAAGAGGAUGAGAGGAAAACCAGAGGCGGUGAUGGGCAGGGAUGGAGGUGGCGACGGAGAACGUGCCUCAGGAAAGAGGCCGACGAAGGAAGAGGGUGGGACGACAAGUAAGAAAGCGAGGAGGCCUGGCGGUUUGACCAUCCGCGAAGGACAAGCCGGGGGUGGAGGAGAUUCGGCUGAUCCAGGCGCUAUGGCCGCGAGAGAACCUUCGGGGAAAUCGAAACGGAAAGUCGCAGCUGAAGAAGGCAAUGGCGAGAAGAAAACUCAAAGGCAGAAGACUGCUGAGGCGGCGAGCGGUGGCAAAGGGCCUGUCGGUAAGGAGUACGACGAAGCGGCAACGUUCUGGCUCGAAUACGAGCGGAACGAUGUCGGUGAAAUCGUGGAGAAGGAGCUCCCGUCCAACUGCUCAUCGACCCCAGGAAGGGUUCACAAAGAUGUCUUCAAGCCAGAGGACAAGGACAAGUACUACUAUUACCCUGUUAACGGACAACACACCGUGGCUGCUGUGAAGGAGUUGGAGGGUGAGCCAAUAUUCAAUUUGUGGAAGAUGCACUCAUGGCCGGCGAGAGUAGUGUGGUUCUCCGACCGAGAUUUCGCGGGGUAUAGGCAGGUCAGUCUCAACGAGAACACGAGACACAAGAUGUCUAAGCAGCGAUCGCUGAAGGCCGCGUUCUUGGAGAUGCGGGAGGAAUGGGAGAAUGAAGGAAGGCCGGUGGCCAUUCAAGGGAACCCUUCCGGCAAGGAGGCCGAAAAACAAAAGUUCUUCGAUUUCCAAAAGUUGAUUUUGGGAAAGAGUCUGAACGGAGCUCACUGGACGUUGGCACAAAAAGAUUCGUCGCUCGCCGACAAGGAGUAUGUCGCUGCAGUUGGCAAUGCAUUGAGGCAGUGGAUGCCGCUCGUGACGGCCGGUGACGACGUUUUCCGCAAAGCCAUGGAAUUCUACGCGAAAUGGGCGGAGGGGAAGUUGUUUGGCGGCGACGGCAAGACGCCAUUGUUGAGGCCGGGCAAAUACAUGCCAGACAAAUCUUCCGGUCUGCAAGAAAUUCCGGAAAUGGGCUCGAAAGGGGCGGCUGGUGAAACGAAGAUGGGGUGGCUGGUCCGGGUUCCGCCGCCUCCGACCAAAAAGAAAACGCAAGCGGACGACAAGUUUUUCGUGGUCGUGAAGGAGCCAGACAUGUUCUGUUGGCAGUAUCUCGUCGACAGGACCGAUGCCGAGAAACUGUCGAUCCUUGACGACAUUCUCACGCUAAGGGGAGUGACGGACGUUUGGGACUUCCUUUUCGGACUCGGACCGCCUGGUCCAACCGACCUCGAAUACAGUCGACGGAGAAACCUGGUGUUCGCUGUGCUCAAUGGGUACCACGGUGCACCCAGGGAGUCUGUCUCGCACUUCCUGAGAAGGUUGGAGCACAUUUACUUCACGCUGGCCGAACCGCUCACUCUCGAAAACUACAAGUCACAGUUUGACGAGGAGGACCCUUUCGACGCUGAAGACAUGGAGGAGUUGAGCGACUCCGAAACCUUCGAUUUCGAGUCCAUGCCACUUCCUCGGGUGGUUGGACAGGCAAGAACUGCUCUGGUGGAGCAUUUGAGUCUCAUGAACCCCGAGAGGAACGAUCAGGACGUCGAUGCGUAUGCAGAACAAAAGCUACAUGAGUUGUACGCCAACAACAUGUUGGAGUUUCGAGCGCCUUUCUACGCACUCGAAACGGUACCGUCUCGUGGCAUUGACUGGCGCAUUCCGCAACCUCCGCCGGCCGGUCAGCAUCCGGGAGGGGGUGGUGGAGGAGACGAAGGAGACGGCGGAGGUGGCGGAGGAGACGGCUCACAGUUUGCCGAAAAGGGGACAGGCGAGACAUCGUCGGUUGAGAAGGCGUCCAGCGGAAAGGGGUCGGUCGGAAAGGGGUCGGGCGGGAAGGGGUCGGGCGGAAAGGGGUCGGGCGGGAAGCGUAGAACGUCUGGGAAUUUUGACAUGCGAGACGAGGCCACCCUGGCGUCUAAUCAAGUGCGAGUAGAUUCGCACUUGUAUGCGAGGAGUUUGUUUCCCGUUGCCCAGGAGAGUUCAUCCCGCCAUGCGCAGCAGAGGUCUCCUGUGCUCAACACCUUGCUCCUGAAAGAGGGCGCGUCUUCGUUUUGCCUGGAGGGCGGGAUGCCUGCAUUGCGAUGGAGCGAAGGUGCGACCUCCGGUUCCCUAUGCUCGGGCGACCGCCACAAACUCCGAAUACAUUCGGAUUUGCUGUCGUCGCCCUACGCCAUAAGUGCUCCUCACGCAACAGUUCCGCGGGGACAAGAAAAUGUGACGUCCCGGCCCCCGCAUCUUCAGUUGGACACAGGGUUACCCUGCUCGCCUCCUUUCUCAUGUGUUGAGACUCGAGACUGGCGGUCUCGCGACGUGCUGGAGGGGCCCGCUCCAGGAGUGUUGGAGACCGGGGGUAGCGAGAACGAACGUCACACUCUUGGGGAAGACGAGCGCUCUCCGGGAACGCGUGUUGUACAUCGGGAAGAGGAGACUCAACGCUGGCAGUCUCGCAAAGUGUUGGAGACCGGGGGUGGCGAGUGUGAACGUCAUGCUUUGGAGGGUGUGCCCGUGGACACUGACAGCGAGAGUGCAGGAGCUCCGGGGGAAACGCAUGCUGUACAGCGGGGAGAGGAGACUCGACACGGGCCGGCUCGUGAAGACGUGAAGUGGCUCCACACACGAGCGCUGGUGAUCGGGAUGUCCGAAGAGGUUCUGCACAGUCGCUCGGUUGUGGCCACAACGCGAGAGGGUGUCGUUAAGGAAGGUAAGUGGACGUCCGUGCAAGCUCCCGUUCUUGGCGACGAUGAAGACGAAGAAGAACCCGCGGUGGAAGCUCGGGUUCAUGGCGAUGAGAAAGGCGAAGAACCCGUGGUGGAAGGCGAUGAGGUGACUGUCGACAUCCGGACGGAUCCACAGCGGAAAGAUGGUGAUUCUUCGCCCACCCGUUGCGGUGAAGAACAGGGUGGUCGAGUGUCUGUCCUGAGCACCGCUCGGGGAAUGGUGCUUCACGAAGCUAUAGAGUUGGGUCACUUGGGUGACGACUCGGCAGCCACCGAGCUGGUUAGCGACUAAGGUGUGGCCGAGAUGCAGAACGUC